CGGGGCGGGCGGAGUCGUCGCUUCCUGCACCGGGGCGCUAGGGCUUGGGUGGACGGGUGGUGAGGUCAGGGGUGUCGCAGUGGACUUCUCCGCGUUCUUCCUCCGCACCCCCCCUCCCCCGCCGCCCUCCCCGCCGAGGCCGUAGAGCUGAUCGGUGGCGGGCGGCAGCGCCCUGGGAGGCGUGGCAAGUGGCGCGCAGGCCGGCUGCACCAUGGUCCAGCUCACUACUGUCCUGUGCAAAGCCUACCGCGGAGGCCAUUUAACCAUCCGCCUUGCCCUGAGUGGCUGUACCAACCGGCCUUUCUACCGCAUUGUGGCUGCUCACAACAAGUGUCCCAGGGAUGGCCGUUUCGUGGAGCAGCUGGGCUCCUAUGAUCCACUGCCCAACAGUCACGGAGAGAAAAUCGUUGCUCUCAACCUAGACCGGAUCCGGCAUUGGAUCGGCUGUGGGGCCCACCUCUCUAAGCCUGUGGAGAAGCUUCUGGGUCUUUCUGGCUUUUUCCCUCUGCAUCCCAUGAUGAUCACAAAUGCUGAGAGGCUGCGAAGGAAACGGGCACGCGAAGUCCUCUUAGCAUCUCAGAAAACAGAUACAGAGGCUACAGAAACAAAAAUGAGCUGACUUCAGUGAGCAGAGCAUUGGGGGAAAGGUCAACACUUAAAACACUUGUUCAGAGCUCUUAGUUUUAUUAGAUUUGGAGGUUAAUAAAUGGAGUUUCCUGAGUCACCCAUGCUCUUCUGGCCUGUCCUGAACUGGACUCAGGGAGAAAUUUGUUCUUUCUGAUGUAGAGCUGGGUCUAGGUACUGAUUAGCUUUUUUAGCCUUCAUCUGGAAAAGACAGUAGCUCUGGGGUGUGUUGGAUUUUGGGUUGGGCCCUGGAUCUCUCAGACAACUUUACAGUCUGCUGCCUUCCAAUACUUCCCUGUUUGAAAGCCCCCAGCAAGUCUAUCCAUGGUCCAUCUGUGAAGUUCCUUCCUUAGUCAUCCCACUAGCUCAAGAACACAGUUACUUUGCUUUGCUUGCUUGCUUGCUUAAUGUAUGUAUAUAUGUCAUUGUAGAGUUACUUUGUCUUGUUUGACCCAUAAUAUCAAAUUUACAAAGGUAGAUUUUUUUUAAUGAACUUUUAGGCUAUAAUAGCAUACUUUUUAAGAAUGAGAAACUGGAAGAAAGGUAAUACUGAAGAGUAUGUUCAUACAUUCUUGACCCUUUACAAAUAAGGCUAUUCGUGAGGAUUAUUAGGUGUCAUGAAAGUGGGUAAAACUCCAUUUUAUUGAUGGGAGGCUGAGGUUCAGAUGUGGAAACUUGCCCAACGCCAUCUGUUUUCAUUUGGGCAGAGCUAAGGUUCAGACCCCAAUAUGCAUACCUGGAGAGCCCUUUCCAUUGUCUGCGGCAGGGUGGGUGUGAGAUGAGCAAAGAUGAGGAGCUUUUCAGAAGUCCACUUAAAAAGCCAGUGAUAGAAAUGAGGUUUAGGUGUCAUGAGUUUGGUAAUAUAAAUGACUGGCUGUGCCCCAAGUCCAAAAUGUCAUAUCUGCCUCACCAGAACUGCAGGACAAAAACAAUCAUGAUCAGAGGAUUUUAGUGCACACUCUGGGUAAUACAAUUUCAAAUCUGGCAUAAGACUAGGAUAUAGAGUUUAUAGAGGGACACUAAAGCCCUAUCAGUGUACCAACUUACUUUGUUUUCUGGGUUUUAUAUAUUGAGAACAACCCUCAUUAUGGGGUCAAGUCUCUCCCAAGGUUGUCACUGGUUGGCCUCCCUUGCUUUGAGGGGAUUUUGAAGGCAGGGCGGGCUGAGAAGAACUGACUACCUGGAUUAGAUUGUGGAUCUGAUCAUGGAUCUGGGAAAGAAAAAUGCUAUGAAAACCAUGGGAACUCUGGAAGUUAAAGAUGAUAAUAUACUCUGGAGAGUUUAAGGUCUUUGGAUAAGCUUUAAUUGGUAGAGCAAAGAAGAAUGAUUAUGAAAAGUAUUGACCAGUAAAGGGAACUGCUGGGAAAUGGGUUAAGGUAAGGUAUUAUUUUGAGCUAUUGAGUUUCUGCCAACUCAAGUAUUCACUUUGUUCCCUGGUCUAUCCUUACUCUGUGAUCUGUGUACACAUGCUUCCUGUGUGAGUGCAUCCUGUUCCUGAUAAUCCAGUUUUCUCUAGCUCUAGCCUUGCUCUAGAUUUCCUGACACAGUUUCUCACCAUCUCUUAGUUGAUAGCAUUAGUUUAUGUUGCUAUCAUCUCAAAUCCAACAUGCUCAAACCUAGCUCUUCAUUAAAAAAAAAAAAAAAAGCCUUUGCUUCAGCAGCUUUAUUUUUACUCAGAUGAGGGUUUGGACCAUGUCAUCUUAACCAAAGUGAAAGGUGAUUAAGAACUGGAAGAUGAUCGGGCUCCCUGCCCGGCAGGGAGUCUGCUUCUCCCUCUGACCCUCCUCCCUCUCAUGCUCUCUGUCUCUCAUUCUCUCUCUCAAAUAAAUAAAAAAAUUAAAAAAAAAAAAAAGAACUGGAAGAUGAUUGGGAAUGAUUCUGUAAUAAAUGUUACAGUUUUUAAAAGA